GAGGAGAAAAUGAAGCACUUAGUAAUUAGUUGUGCCAUGUCAAUGGAAAAGCAAAAGCACUACAUUGCCAUGCUCCUCACACAAGCUAUUUUUGCAGGCAUGGCUUUGCUUUCUAAAUCUGCAAUAUCUCAAGGGAUGAACCCUUAUGUUUUUGUGACUUAUCGUCAAUCAUUUGCUAUCAUCGCGUUAGCCCCCCUCGCUGCCUUCUUUGAAAGAAAAUCUGAUGUUCCUUUAUCCUACAACAUCAUAUUGAAGAUCUUUCUUAUGUCAUUACUUAGCACUCUAAGUUUGGAUCUAUAUUAUUUUUCCAUACAUUACACCACAGCAACAUUUGCUGCAGCCUCCACUAACUUAAUUCCAGCCAUCACUUUUUUUAUGGCAGUAAUUUUAAGAGUGGAGGCUCUUGCAAUAAAGAAGUCACAUGGAAUGGCAAAAUUGUUGGGUUCUUCAAUUGGUGUUACAGGAGCUUUGGUAUUUGCCUUAGUUAAAGGUCCACAAUUGAACUUCAUGAAUUGGUUCAAAGGGAACACAAGGGGAACUCAUAGCUCAAAUUUGAAUUAUAGUUUGAAGGAAGAGUGGUUAAAAGGUUCACUAGUCAUGGUUUUGGCCAACAUUACAUGGUCUCUAUGGCUCAUUUUACAGGUUCCUAUUGUGAAACAAUAUCCAGCAAAGCUUCGUCUUGCCACUCUAUAUUGCUUGUUUAGCUGGAUACAAUCUUCAAUUUGGGCCAUGGUGAUGGAAAGGAAUAUAUCAGCAUGGAAGCUAAAAUGGGACAUUAAUCUUUUUUCAGUAGCUUACUGUGGUUUGAUUGUUACAGGUUUGACAUAUUGGAUACAACUUUGGACUGUAGAGAAGAAAGGGCCAGUAUUUAUAUCUAUGUUCACUCCAUUAUCACUCAUCAUAACUGCCAUAGUGUCAGCAUUUUUGUGGAAGGAAACACUUUAUGUGGGAAGUGUAUGUGGAGGAAUAUUGCUAGUUGGUGGGCUUUACUUGGUCCUAUGGGGAAAGAAUAGAGAAGCAGAGAGGGAAAUAGUGGAAAUCAAGGAUGGAAUUACAGUAAUUUAAUAGGACAAUAUUGUAUACUCCCUGUCACAGUUUAAAUGAUAUAGUUUGAAUUUCAAAAAUUAAAUAAGAAAUUCUC